CGAACACCUUGGCAGACAAAGGAAUCAGGUAGUCGAGGGCAUGCACGAUGUUAGCGUCAAGAUGAUCGCUUCUUUUAAGUCGCAGCUCGUAGAGAAAUGUUCCUAAACGAGCUUAUGUCUGAUGAUUUGUUUUGGAAAGUGCUCCAGCUUCCACUAACGCGGUAACGACGAAAAUUGGAUAGGAAACAAACGUGCUUGAAAUACAAAGGUACGUACUAAAGAAAACUGUAGAGAGAUGAGAGAUAUUUCUUCGUAUAUUUUAAUUAUUCUGUGGUGUGUUCUAUGAUAUUUUGGCUCUAUAGUGUGAAGAAAACCAUAGGAUUAUGGUUCUGAUAGAAAUCUUAGGUAAAAAGCUUAUUUAACGAGACGAAGUUCACAGAAUGAAAAGGCGACACAUUCUAAAAUUCAUUAUGCAUACACUCUACCACGUGUUCUUUGAUAAAAGAUUAUUGUUCGAAUUUUUACCUUUGCUCAGCAGAAUUGAAUAUCUCUAAUUAUGCUAUUUGGUUCCUUUUAUGGCAAGAUUUCGAUUCCUUACAGCACUGUAGUUCUUAAUGCAAACAAGUAUACGAUGAAAGACAGCAAACACGGGCGUGCUUUGAUUUGGAAUUUCUCUUCUGUCAGCCCAAUAUCUCACGAGAGAAAGUGGCAAAUGAGUUAGAUUUAACAAAUAGAGAAGUCUUGACUGUGCUCUGUUCUGUUGUAAAGCACGCAGGAAGGGGCUAGAGCACGAAAGAAGUGUAGGGGGAAACACGAGACGUAGUCGAUAGUAUAAUAAAGAAUCCGUUAAAUUACCCAGGCAUUACUUUCAAUUUUCAAAACAAACUUUAUUUCCAAAGCGAACAACGGUAUCGUCAGCAUGCUCUAUACUCUCAUAAAGCACGCUACAAUAAGCCAAUCAGAAUCCCUGUUAGAAUGGUUCAAAUAAUCUGAUUGGCUGUACAAGACUAAAGCUGUCAAAAGUGUCAAACCAUCAAAGUUCAAAUUCUACGAUGGUUUACAAACUAAAAUAGUUCGGCAAGUCGAAUUUAACACUUUUGCUUGAAGUUUUUAAGUUUCUAAUACAGAAUCUUGAAGUGAAAUGUUCAGUGAACUUCAGCCGAAUUAUGGCUUAUAAAAACACGUGAGUUUUUUCACAUGACAAGGUAGAAAACAAACUGUUCAAGGCGAAUGUCUGAUGAAUGAACGACAGCCGAAUUCACCGUAACAUGAAGAUCGCUCGGGAUAACAGCGCCGCAAAACCCGGCUACAGUGACUAAAUUGACUUUCCACUCAACGUAUCGGAAAGGAUAUCAGAGCAAGCUCUUAUUUUUUCACUCGAAGGGCGGCCGAUGUAGUUUCUGAGGCUUGCUUUACUGUGCUGACCGGAGAUCGCCAUGAUGAGUGAGCCAUGAUGAACUUCAGCAUGAUCAUAUUCGCUCAGAAACCGUCAUGAUUAGUAUGAAUUUUAACAAUUAUGCCAGUUUGGUUAUAUUUUUCAUCAUUUCUGUUUUUUUCUGUUUUGUUUUUGAACACUGAACUUUAUAUAUUAUACGGGUGUUAGCUGUGUUUGAUUUUUAUUACCGUACGUAAGCUUGCAAUCUAACUGAGCGUGAAAAUUUUUAAAACUCGGAAUGUCUAUUUUGUUUUUCCUUUGAGGAUUUUCGUAUCUGCUCACGUUUUAAUAACGUAAGUUACGGCGCCUGGUAUGUUUACAAACCUUUGUUUGGUUCUUCUGUCGCUACUUGCCGGCUCGCUUCAGUUCCGAAAUUUCACUUUCAAUUAACGGAAAAAAGCUAAAAAGAAGUCCCAGAAAAAGUCAAACAAUUGGCAGAUGGCGUGACAGCUGUAGCUCAGCUCUAUGUUCUAUACUCUCAUAGAGCACGCUCUUUCAACCAAUGACAGCGCUCGUUAUAUCCGAACUUUAUUAUAAACUCUCAUAAAGCACGCUACAAUAAGCCAAUCAGAAUCCCUGUUAGAAUGGUUCACAUAAUCUGAUUGGCUGUACAAGACUAAAGCUGUCAAAAAUGUCAAACCAUCAAAGUUCAUAUUCUGCAAUAGUUUACAAACUAAGAUAGCUCGGCAUGUCGAAUUUAACACUUUUGCAUGAAGUUUUUUAGUUUCUAAUACAGGAUCUGAAAGUGAAAUGUUCAGUGAAAUUCGGCCCAGUCGUGGCUCACAAGAAUACGCAAGUUAUUUCACAUGACAAGUAGAAAACAAACUGUUUAAGGCGAGUGUAUUAUGAAUGAACAACAGCCGAAUUCACUAAGAAAUGAAGAUCGCUCGGAAUGACAGCGCCAUAAAACUCGGUUGCAGUGACUGAUCUGGCCUUCCACUCAACGCAUCGGAAAGGUAAUCAGGGCAAGCUCUUAUUUUUUCACUCGAAGGGUAGUCGAUUUAGUUCCUGAGGCUUGCUCCAUUGCGAUGACCGAAGAUCGCCAUGAUUAGCUAGCCGCGAUAGACCUUAAGUCGCUCUGACACCGUCAUGAUUAGUAUGAAUUUUAACAGUUAUGCCAGAUUAUAUUUUUCAUCAUUCCUGUUUUUUUCUGUUUGAAAUCGAAACUUUAUAUUAUUAUACAAGUGUUAGCUGUGUUUGAUUUUUAUUACUGUACGUAAACUCGCAAUCUAACUGAGCGUGAAAACCGUUAAAAAAAUUCGGACUGUCUAUCUUGUUUUAUCUUUGAGGAUUUUUGUCUCUGCUCACGUUACAGUAAUGUAAAUUACUGCGCCUGGCAUUUUUGCAAACCUUUGCUCGCUUGUUCCGAAAUUUCACUUUCAAUUAACGAAAGAAAAGCUAGAAAGAAGUCCCGGAAAAGGUCGGACAUGGUACGAUUUGGCAGAUAUACUCUCACAGAGCACGCUCUUUCAACCAAUGACAGUACGUGUUAUAUCCGAGCUUUAUUAUAAAUUGUGUUAAACAAGAGAGAAGAAAUUACGUAUCAACAAGCAACCAUUUAUUAUUUUGUUUAUCGUAUAAACACCACGGGCUUUCGCUUUACUGACAUGAAUUUAUUAAUGAACUUUGAGAAACGACCUUUGGAUCAAGAAGGGCCAACGCUUUGCCAUUCAUUCCGGCACAAUAAAAGGCUUCUUCAUGCAGAUCCUUGUUGUCGCUCUUUUAUAAAAGAAUUUGCUCAUGCUUUUAGCUACCAGCUACUCUUACACAUUUUUCGUUCUCUCCAAACUUCUCGCGUACAUCAACCAACACGACAGAAUCACGUGAAAGGGGAGUGAGGUAUCAGCAGCUGAUUGGCUCUAUCAAACGCACUUAAAAUACCGUAAUUUUACCAUAUGUAGGCAAAGCUUUUCUCAGGGCUGGAAAUUCUUUUUAGACUUUAAGGAAAGGUCAUCAAUACAAAGUUUAGCUUUUUAAUUAAAAACCAUGCUCUAAACCAUCUUCAGUUUAACUGAACCUUUUAUCUAUACAUUCACUUUUGUGAAAGAGGGCUGAAAGCUAAUAGUGGAAAGACAUUUUAUUGAAUGAAAUCAACCCCAUUAAAGAGAAUCCCUGAGGCCGACUACUUGAUGUGUAAAACUGCAAUUUGGUUUAAAUAACCAUCCCCAAUACUUAUAGAUGGUUCAGUCCUUUAGACUGCUUACUGUCCUUGAGUCAUUCUUUUCUUGUCAAAGUUUCCAUUCAUUGAUGACUUUAUUUUUAAUUGUAAAUAGUUUUAUUUCUAUGCUCUGAUUAAUAUCUCAUCUCUUAUUCUAUUUAUUUAAUUAUCUACUUAAAUGGCUAGGUUUCCUUCAGUUACCCUGGUGGCUAACUGAAGUUUGAAAUCAUGCAAAAAUAUUCAAUUGAAAUAACUUUGCUAAAUCUUGAUCUUUGUAUGGAUUCACUCCAAGUUUCCAAUGUAGGAUGAUUUCUGCAAUAUUAUUGUUGCUUUUCCCCUGCACCCCGGCAAAGCUUAAAUCUUAGGAUGGAAGUGCCUUGUGCAGUAAAUAUAAUGAUUUUUACAAUAUUCUUUAGAAUGAAUGAUAGUUAUUUUGCACUUUAAUUUGUCUUUUUUCAGUUGUUUUCAGUUAAGUUUUAUUGCCAAAAAAUGGAAAUGACAACUGAUGAACAGAAACGUUGGAUGGUGGUUGGAAUUGCUAUGAUCAAAGUGAUUGCCCCAGUGCUGCGAGAUGUUGUUAACCAAGGAAUAACUGCACAUUACAAAUACUUUGACACAUCCUUACAUCCCUGUAAGCUUAAUGCACUGACCUAUGCUGACUUUCGGAGUAAACCCAGCCUCGAAAACUUGAAGUUUGAAAACAUCAACAACAACAGCCAAACAUAUAAGAAAGACAAGAAGAAAGACAAGAAGAAAUACAACUUCAAUGUUUUAUCUGAACUGGACCUGGCAAAAUUGUAUCUUCCUCAUUACCUUGCAACAUUCUCAGCAUUUGAUGAAUCUCUUGACUUGUGUGCCAUUCUCCAUCUGCUUGGAUAUAGCAAUCCAAAACCCAUCUUUCCCUCGCCAGACCCAAUGCUCCUUAUUCAUACAGCAGCAGAUGCUGUAAGAGAUAAUGUCAGAAACAAGUGGGCCCAUCCUAAUCCUAAUGACUGGACUGAAGCUUUCUUCAAAGACUGCUUUGCCAAAUUUGAGGAUUUAGUGAAGAGUGUUGACAUUGGCGCACAAGAGCAGAAAAUACUAGACCAGCUGCAUCAUUGGCAAACAAAAGGUGAAAUUGCAAUGCAAUUACACAUCUACCAUAAGAAUAGGAUGAGUAGCUGUUGAGGGUGGUUGUCAUGCUUAAGUUUUAUGAUGUUAAUAGGUGAUUUCAGUGCACUUUUGGCGUUUUCCAUACAGUUGAGUAUUCUUUUAGAGAGGGGAGACUGAGAUUCUUUAAUUUGUUUGAUCUUUGAUCAAAAUUGAUCUUUUUGCAAAGGUUUCUGCUCACGGCUCACUCAUGCCCUUCAUUCUGGAUGGUGUACUCGGCAUCUGUGAAAAUAAGGCUCUUUGGGUCCCUCCUCUGGAGUAUUCUUCCCUUGGGGGUAGUCUUUGUGAUGGAAGCUUGAUCCCUUACAAGUAUCCUGAUCAUUAAUUACAUAAAAUUAUUUCUCCAUUUUGUCGUUAAGGCUGUGAGGUAGUCAUGGGACAUGUCGUUGAUCAAGAACUUUUGAAAUUGGUGCAACAAACGCAGGCAUAUUUCCGUAAAGAAUUGGAGGAGCUUCAAUCAACUGUUGCCUCCAUCGGAGACAAGCAGCAAACAUUAGAAGCCACGGUAGAAAACCAAGGCCAGAGGAUUGAUAAGGUGGAAGCUAUUCAGGCCGAAAAUGCCGAGAAAAUGAAGGAGAACUACAAUUACUUAGCGGAAGUGAUCAAGAACUUUAUAGCAGGUAUUCUUUAAUUCGCUUUGUGGGUUCUGCCCUCUGAUAUUGAUCUGAUCUGGUAUUUUAAUCAUGUACUUUUAGUCGAAGUUGUGUAUAGAGAUCUGAAGAAUAUAGCUAACAUUUGUUUUUGACCUUUAAAUAGACUGACUUUUCUAGGCUACGAUAAGGCAAACUCUUGCUCAGGCAUAUACGACUUGUGAUUUUUUUCAUGUAUUGUCGCUAUGUAUGUAUAAGAAAUAACAUGAUUUCGAGUGCAAUUUGGUGUUAACAAGCACGAGUAAAUUUUUCAAAGGCAACAAAAUUGCCCGUAGGGCAAGUGCAAUUUGUAGUCUUUGAAAAAAUUUGUUUAUUACACCAAAUUGCAAGAGAAAUUAUGUUUUAUAACAUAGCGCGCAUGCUUGCCCUAUUUAAGUCCUAUUGAGCCGCUAUGAACAAAAUCCUUAGUAACGCACGCCCGUGCGUAAAUAAGAUGACGUGAGCAUUUUUUUGCAAGUUUCCUGCAGUCUGUCUUUUCCAACUGCACCGUACACGGCAGCGUAAACAUUAUUUUGAACAAUCAAAACCCGGGUCUUCGACUUUUAAAGCAUUUUUUAGUGACACUUGAAUUCAUUUGGCUCUGAUUUUCUCCAUUUUCCCCUUAAAUUUUGAGCUUUUCGGUUAACUGGAUCAAAUGGUCUCGCUCAAACCAAAGUAUAAAAUGUGACGUGUUUUUGACCAGCCGUUGUGCGUUGUGAGAAUUUUGCACUAUCCGGCACAAUAAAAGGCUUCUUCGUGCAGAUCCUUGUUGUCGCUAUGUUAUAAAAGAAUUUGCUCAUGCUUUUAGCUACCAGCUACUCUUACGCAUUUUUCGUGCUCUCCAAACUUCUCGCGUGCAUCCAUAACUCGAUAUACGCACGCUAAGCAUGAACAAAUUCUUAAAUUACUUGUUCAUAAUGUACAUGAAAAAGCAUUACAAAGAGUUAAGACAGACGAAAUUUUGAAAACGUGUGCGUGCUAUUUGUAAUUUGCACUCGUGUUACACGAGAAAGCCAAUCAGAAACGCAUUUUUUUUUUCAUGUACAUUAUUAAGAUUAAAACACUGAUGUGGAUAGGCGUAGGAGCUUAAUACAAUGCAUCUUGAUCUGGUGUGAGAAUGAUUUUAUGAGGGUAGUUCAGUUACCAGAUUUAAAAUUAUGGUAUAAAGUCCUUUUUACGUCAUGCUUGUUGAUGGGUCUCACUGCUAUUUACCAGGGCUCUUUCGUUUAUUAAAAGCAAGCUUGUUCGAGGGAGUCAUCCUCCUUACUCUCCUGAGCUUUUAUCUUGUUCAUAAGUUUCCCUUCGUUGCUGCAACUUGCAACAGACUUGAUAUAAGUACCUUGCACAUUUCUCGAUUCGGCCAAUUUCUGUGUUCACACACACUGGCGAGUAGUUGUAGCUUAAUUGAUUGAUCAAUUAGUAUAGGUAAUCACAUGAUUUCGAGUGCAAUUUGGAAUAAAUAAGCACGAGUAAAUUAUUUCAAAGACUAACAAAAUUGCACGAGCCCGUAGGGCGAGUGCAAUUUGUGUUCUUUGAAAAAAUUAACAAGUGCUUGUUUAUUCCAAAUUGCACGAGAAAAAUCAUGUGAUUACCUGUUAAUAAUAUACAUGGAAAAAUACGAGAUGGUCUAUCAUAAUUAAACAUAAGCAAAGCGCGCGCAUCGAGUGCAAAAAAUAAUUUAUUCAAACCGUGCGAUCGGUCAAAACAACUGCGUACGAUCAAAACAAUAAUAUGCAAUGAUAUCUUCGCAUCUUUAAGGUGCAAAAAAGUUCAGUCCGGCUUAACAGUUCAAGGAAUUGUUCAGUCUGUGUCCGAAUCACUUUUAAUGAAAUGGAAUCGUCGUUUCCGAGGUUUAACCAUGUUUGUUUUUAAUUUCGGCGUUGGAUCACUCGAGCAAAGUGUUAAGCCGGGUCGGCUCGUAAUUUUCAAUUUCCUCGGCAAUUCCCCUCUCUAAACACCACUUUUUCCAAACCGACAACCAAAAGGCAGCGCCUUUUACAUUGUUUUCAUUGUUUAAGCUGUUUUUCAGCUGCGGUGGCGAAAGAAAACCUACUUAAAACGCCGGCCAUUGUUUUGCUCGCAAAUUUUCAAAUUUUGUUGCGACAUCCAAGGCUCGUAUUUGAUUGGCUAUCUAUGAGUUUCUUUGAUUAUUGACCAAUCAGACUGUCUGAUUUGUUUCUUUCUUUGCAUUGAAUUAACCCUCGUCUGCACUGAAUUAACUCUCUUCUGCACUGAAUUACCUGAAAACUGCAUUUAUCUUAACCAAUCAGAACUAAGUAAUUUUUCCAUGUAUAUUAUUAAUUUAGGAAUAGAACAUUCUUCGGAAAGGUUAGCGUAGUUCUCUUACUUUUUCAUCGCAUCGUUGUGUGGCGUGGUGAGGUUGAUAUUAAGUUAGUGUAUAUACUUUUCUUCAGAGGCAUCUAAUACGCUUUUGAUUUCAAAUUGUAUUCCGCGAAAUAUUUCCCUAGUUGUACACUUCAUUGAUGGAGGUCAAUUCUUUUUUUUUCGCUUAGUAUCUCCUCCAAAGAAGCAGUUUGAUUUGGAAUCUUUUCGCACCAAACUUGUAAAUCAUUAUAGAACGACAGCAAAGGUGCAGACAUCUGUGUGGUCGAAGAACGACAAAGUGUGUAUUGACGAGGUAUACACACGUCUGUCCAUGGUCAAAGGGGAAUGCAAUGCGGGGUGCGAAGUGGGAUGCGAGGGGAAGCACUCUGUUCCUGCAACUUCUUGGCAGCUAUUUAAUGAAUUGAAGAACGGUCGUGAAACGAAGAGGAUACUUGUCGAUGGCCAGGCUGGAAUUGGAAAGUCUACUUUUGUGACGAAGCUCUCUCUUGAUUGGAUUGAGUGUAUCAAGGAAACAAAUCCUUUAAAGAAAUUCAAACUGGUUCUGUUGAUCAAGCUCCGGGAAGUUUCUCACUGUAAGACGCUAGAAGAAGUAAUUCGCUCUUCUGACCUUCUUCCAGAGGAAGAGGAAGACGUUAUACCUGAUUUGCUUCACUACAUUACUGAGAAUCAGGAAGAGGUCUUGUUUGUCUUUGAUGGCUAUGAUGAAUAUGGCGUGCGGAAAGAUUCCGACGUUCUUAAGAUCUUCAUGAGACGAAAAUUUCGAGAUUGUUGUGUUCUGGUGACGACGCGGUCCUCCCAAGGGGAUGACCUUCGUGAAUUCGCUGAUGUACAGGCUGAGGUUACUGGGUUUAGUUUGGAAGACAUCAAACGAUACUUAAACAAACAACUCGGAGAAAAAGAGGCAGAGGCGCUACUACAUCACCUUGAGAAACAAAGGUUGAUUGAUAUUGCGAAAAUCCCCCUACUGUGCCUGUUUUUCAGUAUUCUGUGGAAGAAUACUGAAAAGAAGAUGAGAGAAAAGUUAACAACAAAGAAUCGGACGAUGGUAUUCUUGGAGAUUAUCCAGUACGUUUUGGACUAUGGUUAUGGAAAGGGUGCUUUGGACCAGCCCAGAACUGUUGAGGGUAGUAAGGACAUCCUUGCUGAUCUUGGUGAGGUAGCUUUGGAAGGUCUGUUGUCUGAUGAUCUUAUUUUUGAGUAUGGCAAAGUGAAGCAAAUAAAGGGCUGCGAAGGCAUCAUUAACGGUUUCCUGCAAAUCACCGAGGAUACCGAGAACAUUCGGCCUUCUAAAAGAGUGUCCUUCAUUCACAAAACAAUUCAAGAAUUUUUAGCUGCCUGGUUCGUUGUGCACAAAUUGGUCCCUGAACGUAAUCUUGGACGACUGCAAGAGCAAGCUAGGGACAGCGAGAGCUGUCUUCGUCUUGAAAAUGUCUUUCUUUUUAUCAGUGGAUUGUCUCAUGAUGGAGGUGGAGCUGGAGCCAGAGCCGGAGCCGAGUUGGUUUUACGACACUUAACAAAGGUCAACCGGGAAGACAGGAACCUUCGGUUUAUGCAGACAGUCGUUUUGCCGGGCCAAAGAGAAAAAACAUGCUAUGAUCUCACUUACCGUCAAAAAAGAUUUCACGACUUGGUGUUUGCGUCAUUUGAUGAAGCACAAUUGAAAGAAGGGCUUUUACGACAUUGCCUCUCAAGCACAGAUGGAGUGAUGUUACUCUCCCAAAGACUUGUGAAGAACCUUUUAGAGUGCAAGGAUGAUAUUAUUGAAAUGGAUCAAGCAACUGUUAUUUUCAAGAUGCUUAAACAUGACCUUUCGUUCUCCCUCGAAGAGAAUUUGAGGAAGUUCUUUGAUGGUUUCGACUUGGUAGUAAAGGUAACAGAAUAUUCUCAGGCCCUCCAACUGGGGGACUUUUACAGGAACUUCUUGAACUGUGGUGUUCGCUGCAUGUGCAAUUUUAGUGCAGUCCUUUUGUCAAAUAAAGGAAGUCUCUCGUUUUACAUUACUGACCUUCGUUUGGCUUGUCUGCUUCAUGAACUUAUGUUCACAGGACAUACUACUGACGGCCACCCUUUUCUCGAAUAUAUUGCCAAGGAUGUCAGUUUCAUCAAUCAAAACCACGAAUUGCAAAAAGGUCUUCGACUUGAGCAUUUAGUACCGCUUGAAUUUCCCUUUAAAGGACCAUGUGAAGCCAGAUCUCUUCUUAACCCGCAGAACCCUUCGUCGGACGAGCAUUUGCUCAAGCACCUUCAAUCCUUGGAAUGUGUCUCUACUUCAAUCAGUGGGAUCCUCAGUAACACUUGGUGUCAUUGCUGGGAAAUCAAAGUAUUUUAA